CCUGCCCGCCUCGGUGGCUCCUGUUUGGACAGAGAUGCUUCGCUUUCUACCCUGUGUGGAGCGUCUGGGCCGCUGCUCAUUCUAUGUGUGCUCAGACAGGAGGGAACCUGCUGUCGCUUCACACACCAGAGGAGAGGCAGUUUGUGCGUCUGUUGGCGAACACACACACCCCUGUGUGGCUCGGUGGACUUCAGGCUCAACAGAAUGGCUCCUGGUUUUGGAGCGACGACACGUUCUUCACGUUCAGCUGUUGGACCAAUCAGAGGCAUCGACAAACCAGAGAGGGCGGGGCUUGCAUGGCAAUUACACCAACAAGUGGAGAGCUGCACAGCGCCCCCUGUGGAGAGCUCAAGUUCUACAUCUGCUCCACUGCAGCCAGCUCCACCGUCUCCUCCAGCAGCAGGAAACCAGUAGAGCCAGCUUUAUAA